AUGCCUUCAAUUCUUAAUCAUGUUACAACAAAUUAUUUUGAACUUGAUACCACGCCUACUGAAGCUUUAUUGGAGAGUAACUCUUGGUCACCUCCAAACUUUGACACCAAACAAAUCCGUGUAAUUCUUUGUCAAGAUACGGGUGACAAGGUUAAAUUGACAUUGUUUGAUUCAGCCUAUUCCCUUAUCUCAAAUCCCACCACCAAAUCGCCUGAUAAUCGAGAUCGAUCAAAGAAUACUACAGCUAAUACCUCAGAGUUAUCAUCAUCUUGGAGUGGCAGUGGUGGUAGUAUAUUAAAUGGACAUUUUAUUCAAAAAUCAACGGCUGCCAUUAAUAUCAGAUCAUCAUCCACAAGUACCACCACCAGUAACAACAUUAUUAAUAAUAACAAUGAGAGUAAAAGAAGAAAUUUGGAUUCUGUGAAUAAAAAGGCAAAUGCUCGAACUUUACCUCCGUCAUUGAAUCGAAAUAAUGCUGGACUUGGAACUCCUAAAAAAGCAAUUCAUAAUAUCGAUUUGAUUGGGGAAAUGAUGUUUGGUGCUGUUCCUUUAUCAUAUAAAGGAAUGAACACAAAAAUUCACUUCAUAAAAAAUCCAAAACCUCAAAUCUUGCUAACAAAACUAUUUUCUAUAAAUCCCGCGAAUUUGGAAUCAAGUUCACCUGGAAGACGAAGCUCUAUUUCUUCAGUAAAUAGUGAUACAUCAAUUGCAUCUUCUACACAAGGAACCUGUGCACCGAUUAAUAUCACCACCCAAGAGCCACGUAGUAUUUCACAAACACUUAAAACUAACAAUAAUACAUUCCACAUCGAAGAUUGUUCCGAAUCUAGUGAUGACGAUUCAUACCAUGUUGUCUCUUCAUAUUCAUCUCCACCAUAUUUUUCUAACGGGCCACCAAUUCUUGGUUUGAGAACUAAUGAUUAUUCUAUCUCACCAACAUCAUCUUUAUCCACUUCUCCUCGAAGCACUUUCAUUAAUCGAAGAAUAAGGAGGUUUAGUCAAACUAGUUUGGAAAAAGGUGUGUUUAAUCCAACUCCAUUACCUGGUGGGAUGGCCCGUUUAGAUUUUUCAUCUGGAAAUAUAAGUUUGAAAUCUCCAGGUCAAAACAGAUUACACCAACUUCAUUCAGCUGCAUUAAAACUACUAUGUACUCAUCUCAGGAGGUCUUCCGGAUCAGCCACUAUUACUGGUCCUAAUUCAAUAUUUAAUCCACUGAAUAGAACAAGGUUAUCUUUAUCAUCUCUUUCAUCAUUAAUGUUUCAAAAUGAUCAAUCUUGGUUAGAAACUGUAAAUCGAUUCAAGAAAUCAUUAUGGGAAUUAUAUAGUACGCCGCGUAUCCAGGAGCCAUUAUGGUUGAACAUUUCGACUUUUCCACAAAGAAAGAACAAAUUAGCCAAUAGCCUAAUGACGGAAUUAUCUUAUUUAAUUCAAAAAUUUGAUAAACAAUCAAAUUCAUUUUUUAUUUCUACAUUGAUAACUAGUGUUCUGAUGUAUCAUUUAGGUUGGGUUCCUACGGUAGCUCCCGCAAUAGAUUUUGAUGAACAUGUAACAGAUUUGUAUGGUAAUUUGGGGACACCAACAUUAAGUCGAACAAUCAUAAUUGGAAAAGAUGUAAACAAUUUGUUUUUAACUAUUUAUCAUAUUAUGUGUAGAGAUUUGUAUGGUAAUUUGGGGACACCAACAUUAAGUCGAACAAUCAUAAUUGGAAAAGAUGUAAACAUGGUUAGACGCAUUAUUUUUAUACUUAGUUAUUUUAUUCGAUGUAAUGAAGUAUAUGAGAAUAAGGAACAAAUGAUUCCGUUUGAUUCUAACUUCAAUGGACAAAAAAAAUCCAUGAUUGAUAUUAUGAAUGAAGCAAAAUUUUCAAAAAAAGAUAUGAUGAAUAAUGGUGAAACAGAUUUAUAUUCAAAUAAUAAUCAUUAUUCAUCUGAUGGUGAUGGUGAUAAUAAUAAGCAAAAAAGGUUGAUAAUUGAUGGCUCCAUAUCAGACCUUUCUAUAGAAAAUUUUAUGGAUGUGCCAAUACCAAAGUCAGCAAAUAAAUUCACCAUACCAGAUACAAAAUUAGAUACUACAAAAACUGAAGAUGAUGAUGAUACAAAGUUAUUGUAUCGUGCAGAUCGAUUAUUUGUCAAAUCCUAUGGUAGAUCAUUGAUGGUCGGACAUUGUAAGAAUUAUAUGUCAGACUUUGUAUUAAUGGGUAUACCUAACCUUGAUGAUCAAGAUUUAUUAUUGUUAGAAACAGAUCUGAAAGACUCUUUACAGCAAUUUUCCUUACAGUUUACAGUUACUAAAACUAUUUGUAUAUUAGGACAAUUAUCUAAUUUCAUGUGUACAACUAGAGGUUAUGAUUUGUAUAGUGCUCGUCAUGCUGUUGAUGAUGAUUCUGUGACAUUUGAAGGAAGUGAAUUCAUAAACAGUGAGGGAUUUAUUCAGCAGCAACAUUAUUCAAAAUAUGUUUACAAUAUGUUACAUCAAUGUAAAGAUUUAUUCACUGUUUCAGGAAUUGCCUUGAAUACCUAG